CGAUAUUACCCAGAAAACCUUUCGACCUGUGAACAACAAUCGGUAGGCAAGUGUUCUCUGUUGGAAAGAAGAAAGUCGACUUGCUAACAGUCUGUAUACAGGAAAAAGGAGAGGCAGUAACAAACUUUAUCAACAGCUGGUUUCCUCCCAUAACCCAUAACGCUAUGGACCAGGAGUACGAGAGUCGACUGUUAAGACAGAUCAACAUUCAGAAUGACAAUGCCAGCCCAAUUAAGGUGACUGAGGUCAUGAGAGCACUGACCCCGACCAACUCCCCUCUCUCCUCUCCCAGUAAGCACGGGGACCGCUUUAUCCCCUCUCGAGCAGGGGCCAACUGGAGUGUGAACUUCCAUCGCAUAAAUGAAAAUGAGAAGUCCCAAAAUCAGAACAGGAAGACAAAAGAUGGCACAUCAGACAACAGCAAGGCCGAUGGCCUGGCAUACUCUGCCCUGCUGAAGAACGAGCUGCUGGGCGCGGGCAUUGAGAAGGUGCAGGACCCCCAGACCGAGGACCGCCGGCUCCAGCCCUCCACCCCAGAGAAGAGAAGCCUCUUCAGUUAUUCUCUCAGUGCCAAGCGCUCCCUACCAGACGACGGGAACAGUGUAUCCCCGUACUCUUUGUCACCGGUCAGCAGCAACAGUCAAAAACUAUUGCGGUCACCACGGAAACCGACCAGAAAGAUCUCCAAGAUCCCGUUCAAAGUGCUGGACGCCCCUGAACUGCAGGAUGAUUUCUACCUGAACCUGGUCGACUGGUCCUCUCUCAAUGUGCUCAGCGUGGGCCUGGGCACCUGUGUGUACCUGUGGAGCGCCUGCACCAGCCAGGUUACCCGUCUGUGUGACCUAUCAGUGGAGGGGGAUUCUGUGACGUCAGUGGGAUGGUCAGAGAGGGGUAAUCUUGUGGCCGUUGGCACACACAAAGGCUUCGUACAGAUCUGGGAUGCUGCCGCUGGGAAGAAGCUCUCUGUCCUCGAGGGACACACGGCCAGAGUGGGUGCGCUAGCGUGGAACGUGGACCAGCUGUCGUCGGGCAGUCGGGACCGCCUGAUCCUGCAGAGGGACAUCAGGGCUCCUCCGCUGCAGUCGGAGCGCAGGCUGCAGGGCCACAGGCAGGAGGUGUGCGGACUCAAGUGGAGCACCGACCACCAGCUGCUCGCCUCCGGGGGCAACGACAACAAGCUGCUGGUGUGGAACCACUCGAGUGUGCUCCCGGUGCAGCAGUACACGGAGCACCUGGCGGCGGUGAAGGCCAUCGCCUGGUCGCCCCACCAGCACGGGCUGCUGGCAUCGGGCGGGGGCACCGCCGACCGCUGCAUCCGCUUCUGGAACACGCUGACGGGCCAGCCGCUGCAGUGCACCGACACCGGCUCCCAAGUCUGCAACCUGGCCUGGUCCAAGCACACCAACGAACUGGUGAGCACACACGGCUACUCCCAGAAUCAGAUCCUGGUGUGGAAGUACCCCUCCCUCACACAAGUGGCCAAGCUGACCGGUCACUCCUACAGAGUGCUCUAUCUGGCAAUGUCCCCUGACGGAGAAGCCAUUGUGACCGGGGCCGGAGAUGAGACUCUGCGUUUCUGGAAUGUCUUCAGUAAAAUGAGAUCUACCAAGGAAUCCAUAUCAGUUCUCAACCUCUUCACAAGGAUCCGAUAACAAGAAGACAUUGAGUGGGCCAGGGCUGACGGACGGACCCUCUCAGGCUGUGUACACUGACUAUCGCACAACUAAUCUGAUCUGUGGAAUGGUGGAAGGCCACGGCCCUCUUCCUCCGGUCCGAUCCAAUCAGUAGGAGGUGAGGGGAUGGAGACGCUCCUCUGACCUUGGGGCUUAUUUCAGAGACUUGUGCAGAACAUUCUGUCUUCAUGAACAAUCCCCUUUUCUGUCACCAUUGUGCUCUUCAACUAGGUUUUUUUUUUUAUGUGUUUGUCUUUAUGUGUUUAAAGAUGUUUUUAUGUCUUCUGUUUGUUUACCUUUUGUAUGUGGAGUUUUAUUUUGUUGGUUGCAUAUCUUUAUGUCGUUUGCGGUGACAAGCUUUGUGCCUACUGGUCGAGUGUGUUAACCAAAGAUGGUUAACGUCUCACCUCAGAAGAAGACUGGGAUAGGGUGGAGGUGUGUGUAUGGAAUUUUAAUUGACUACAUUUAUUUCCCGAAAGCCUUUUAACUUCAUUUUUAACAACUGACAAGAGCGUCUGGAGAAUUUUGUUCCCACAACUCACAAAAAAAGUAAGGAAGUAUUUAACAACAAAACAAUUAUUGUAAAAAAAAUAGCAUUGCUUUAUUUGAGAUCAGAAAAUAUUUGUAUUUGGUUUUUAUGUAAGAAUGAAUCAGGUUCAGGACAUUGGCAGAUUCGGCAUCCAUGUUCACCUUUAAAUGGUUGAAUUGUACAAAAAUCCAGUUUAUUGUUGGAUUCCUCUGACCCAAUUCUCCAUGAAAUGACCCUCAGCAUGAUUUGAUUGAUCUAUUUGGUGUCCUUAGAAUGCCCUGGAGAAUCUGGCAUGCCAUGAUUGAGGGUCAGUUGCAUUAGUCCACUGCUCUUUGCAGAAAGUCAGUGGACCUCCUGAUAAAACAGAAACAUUGUCUUUGGCACUUUUAUUUCCAUUAAAAAAAGGAAUGCUAGGUGAUUUUGAAGUAAGCUUUUGAGUGGAGUUGCUUGUAAGGUUGUUUGAUUGAUUGUUUUUAAGUAUUCUGUUAAAUCAGGUUUGUCUCUGUGUUUUAUUGUAGUUUAGAAGAUCAUUUGUGUGCCAUUUUGAACGUGUCCUAUUUAUUUGAGUUUACCUGAGAAAUAUAACAGUGCUGAUUGGAUUGUAAGGAUACAUGUGGAUUUGUGUUUGUAUGGUUUUCUUUUCUACAGAAUGAUGGAUGGUGUCAACUUUUUUUUUUCCAUCUUUACCCUUAAAAUAAGAUGGCUGUCAAGUCAGAGUAAUGAAUGUUACUGUAAAUAGGUUAAUGGAGAGACACUGAUUUCUUACAUGGGAAUCUGAAUUAAAAUAUCAAGGUCCCUGUU